AGCUCGGCCGCUUCACCCGGCGGCUUGUCGUCGACGUCGACGACAAGCCGCCGGGUGAAGCGGCCGAGCUCGAGGCGUCGGAGUUGUCGCGACUGGCCGGCAUCCUCGAGACCGGCGACUGUCUGUUCGGCGCCGCCGACGCCAACGCCAACGCCGACGCCAACGCCAACGCCAACGCCGACGUGGACGCCGACGUGCCGGCCUCGAACCGACAUCAGCUGGCGCUGGCCGGACUGUUGCCAAGGCUGUGGCCGCGUCUGGUCGCCUCGAUGCCGGUCUUGUUGAGUCCGGUCGUGUCGGGCGGAGGCGCGGCGACGCAGCUGCAUCAGCUCAGCCUCGUGGCCGGUCUGUUGUUGCGCAGCCGGGCCGUCGGCGGACCGGGACUCGAGCUCAACGCCACUCUGGCCGGACUCCUCCUCGAGGCCGAGUUGAGUGGGCAGCCGACGUCGGACUCGCCAGUCACCGACCGCCCCCCUCCCCGACCAGACAGCCUCCGGGGUCUCGGCGUCGUGGGGCUCGGCGUCUGCACGGCCGGCGACCUCGUGGCGCAUCGAGGCCUCGAGUCGGUCAGACUCGAUCCCGACGUCUGUCACCUCCUCGCCGCGCAGCCCGGCGCCGCCGGCUCGUCCCCACUCCACCCCAGCCACGGCUAUUGGGCUGCGGUCUUCUGCGACCGACACGCCGGCACAAGACCCCUGCUGCUGCGCUACGUCAUCCAGGCCAGGCACCAGGCUUUGCUCAGGUGGGUCUCGAGACGACGGCACUUGCGUCUUUCUGUAGGGCAAAUUCUUGCCGCAAUCGCAUCACACCAGCUCGCCCUGUUCUGUGAUCUACGCCUCUACUGGGCAGAUUUCCCCACCCACACACACACACACACACACUCAUAUUCUUCCGUGUCGGGACGACAUUGGCUACCGUUCAGGUUGAACUGA